GUGUCCGGGGCGGGGCGGCGGCAGCGGGGCUGCGGAGGGAGCUCCGCCGCUCCCGGCCCUUCCCUUCCCUUCUUUUCCCAUCCCUUCCCUUCCCCUCCGACCCUUCGCCGGCUGGGUGUUCGCCUGGCUCCCCGCAAUGCCCCGGCCGCUGCCCCCCACGGAACUGUACGCGGCGGAGCGGGCGGUGGUGCUGGCCUCCUGCCUGCUGUCCUGCCUGGGCUCCAGCCUCCUGCUCUGCACCCACGCCCUGUGGCCGGAGCUGCGGACGCGUCCCAGGCAGCUCCUGCUCUACCUCUCCUUGGCCGACCUCCUCUCAGCCCUCUCCUACUUCUACGGGGUGCUGCAGGACUUCGACAGGACGUCGUGGGACUGCGUGCUGCAGGGCGCCCUGUCCACCUUCUCCAACACCAGCUCCUUCUUCUGGACCAUGGCCAUUGCCCUCUACCUCUACCUCACCAUCGUGAGGGGCUCGUCCACGGGGGCCGGCUUGCUCUGCUGCUUCCACGCGGUGAGCUGGGGAGUCCCCCUUUGCAUUACGGUUGCGGCUGUUGCUCUGAAGAAGAUUGGCUACGAUGCCUCCAAUGUUUCUGUGGGCUGGUGCUGGGUCAACUUGGAUGCAGAGGAUCGGGUCUUGUGGAUGCUGCUAACGGGGAAAGUUUGGGAGAUCCUGGCCUAUGUGACUUUGCCGGUGCUCUACAUCCUCAUCAAGAAGCACAUUAACAGAGCGCACGCAGCGCUCUCAGAGUAUCGCCCCAUUCUCUCAAGAACACCGCUUCAGCCCCGGACUUCCAUAGCAGAUAAAAAGCUGAUUCUCAUCCCUGUCAUCUUCAUCAUCCUCCGCAUCUGGAGCACUGUGCGAUUCAUUCUGACACUCUGCAACUCCCCUGUAGUGCAAAACUCAGUCCUGGUUGUCCUGCAUGGGAUCGGUAACACGUUCCAAGGAGGUGCCAACUGCAUUAUGUUUGUCCUCUGUACGCGCGUGGUCCGGGCUCGGCUGCUUUCCUCUCUGUGCUGUUGCCGCUAUGAUGACUCGGGUUGGCCUUCACCAAGGUCAAGCAGCAACCGGCAGUGCCCAGACCCCGCUGAGAGCGAGAACGUGCCAGACCCUGAGCGGACGAAACCUCUGCUUUCCAGCACCUGAGCCUGCGCUGCCCACGGCUCUGCACUGACUUCAUCUCUCUGGGUGCAGGAUCAUCCCAGAGUCCCACAGAGGGAGCUAAAGGCUGGGGAGAAGCACCGCUGCAGUGGCCGAGGAAAAUGAAGAUGUCCCAGUCCUGGGCGUGCAGAUCCCAGCUGCGGUGGUCAUGAACUUUGCUCAGGACCUUCUGGAAGAUACUGUUUGGCUGCACUCCAGCCUCCUGGGUUUCUUCCCUCCUUCUCCUCUCCUUCCACCAUAAAUUUUAAAAUUGUUUGGGGUUUUGCUUUUCUGUCUGACAGGGCAAAGAUGUUGUUGUGAGUUCUGGGGUCAACAAAUACGGGGAUAGGGAAACUUUAGUAGCUGCUGGAUAGGACUGUCCUGGGCAUGGGUUUCAGUCCUGAGGUGUGAGGCCUCCCGGGGAGCUCUGGCCUGGCUCCCGUUCUUCACUUGAAUACGGACAACAGUGUGCAGACACACUUGUUUGGUGGCGAUGGAUGGUUCCUCUUCACGUUUUAUUCCUCCUUGGUGGUCAGGGGUCAUCAUCACCAUCAGGGUGCGUGGUGGCUGCAUGCUUAUUGCCUCCUGGGGAUAUCUCAACUCCGCAGACUCCUGGUGCUGAGGGGCACCUGGGCUCACCAGCCCGGCCUUCAGCAAGGGCGGCCCUCACCGUCCACAGGAGGGUGCCUGGCACGUGCUGGCCUCGUGCUGGCCUCCAGCCAGCCUCUGCCAAAGCACAGCCCACGGCCUGCCCCUGUCCUGGGAGUGUUUGUCCCGGGAGUGUUGUAUCAGGGCUGGGGAGGGGACAGUUUGUUGGUUGGAGAUACUGUGUUAAUUUAUUUACAGCUCCUCACUUGCUUGUGUUUUUUUAAUAUUUUCUCCGACUUCUACAAAAUAAAGUUCAGUUUCUUUACCGA